CCGAGGCGAGAAGGUUCUAUCCGGGGCCUUGGCGCUUCUCUUUCCUUUCGCGCCGGUUGCCGCUGCGGAGCGCGGCCGGUCCAUGUGCGCAGUGAGUGGCGCUAUUUCUGGCUCAGUAGCACCGGUGUCCCGGGCUUGGCCGAUCGUGCGGCGAUGGAUCCCAACACCAUCAUCGAGGCCCUACGGGGCACCAUUGACCCAGCCCUGCGCGAGGCCGCGGAGCGCCAGCUCAGUGAAGUACACAAGUCUCUGAAUUUUGUUUCAACACUGCUCCAGAUUACUAUGUCAGAACAACUGGACGUACCUGUGAGACAGGCAGGUGUUAUUUAUUUGAAAAAUAUGAUAACACAGUAUUGGCCUGAUCGGGAAGCCACACCAGGGGACAUCUCCCCAUACACAAUUCCAGAAGAAGACCGACAUUGCAUUCGAGAAAAUAUUGUAGAAGCCAUUAUCCACUCACCAGAGCUCAUCAGGGUACAGCUUACUACAUGCAUUCAUCAUAUUAUCAAACAUGACUACCCAAGCCGCUGGACUGCCAUUGUGGACAAGAUUGGAUUUUAUCUUCAGUCUGAUAACAGUGCUUGUUGGCUGGGAAUUCUUCUUUGUCUUUAUCAGCUUGUGAAAAAUUAUGAGUAUAAGAAACCAGAAGAGCGAAGUCCAUUAGUGGCAGCAAUGCAGCACUUCCUGCCUGUUCUGAAAGACCGCUUUAUCCAGCUGCUCUCUGAUCAGUCUGACCAGUCUGUCCUCAUCCAAAAGCAGAUAUUCAAGAUCUUUUAUGCCCUUGUUCAGUAUACGCUACCCCUGGAGCUGAUAAACCAGCAGAACCUGACAGAAUGGGUGGAAAUUUUGAAGACUGUUGUGAAUAGGGAUGUACCUAAUGAAACACUUCAAGUUGAAGAAGAUGAUAGACCAGAGUUACCCUGGUGGAAAUGUAAGAAGUGGGCCUUACAUAUUUUAGCAAGACUUUUUGAAAGAUAUGGAAGCCCUGGGAAUGUUUCUAAGGAGUAUAAUGAAUUUGCUGAAGUCUUUCUGAAGGCAUUUGCUGUUGGUGUCCAGCAGGUUUUAUUGAAAGUGUUAUAUCAGUACAAGGAGAAACAAUAUAUGGCUCCUCGAGUUUUACAGCAGACAUUAAAUUAUAUUAAUCAAGGAGUUUCCCAUGCUCUCACCUGGAAGAACCUGAAGCCUCAUAUACAAGGCAUUAUCCAAGAUGUUAUUUUUCCAUUGAUGUGCUAUACAGAUGCUGAUGAGGAACUCUGGCAAGAAGACCCUUAUGAAUAUAUACGCAUGAAGUUUGAUGUGUUUGAAGAUUUUAUUUCUCCUACUACUGCUGCCCAGACCCUUUUGUUUACAGCCUGCAGUAAAAGGAAAGAGGUACUGCAAAAGACUAUGGGAUUCUGUUACCAGAUUCUUACUGAACCAAAUGCUGAUCCCCGUAAAAAGGAUGGAGCUUUACAUAUGAUUGGCUCUUUAGCUGAAAUACUUCUGAAGAAAAAGAUCUACAAAGAUCAGAUGGAGUACAUGUUGCAGAAUCAUGUAUUUCCUCUCUUCAGCAGUGAGCUUGGCUACAUGAGAGCAAGAGCUUGCUGGGUACUUCACUAUUUUUGUGAAGUGAAGUUCAAGAGUGAUCAGAACCUCCAAACAGCGUUAGAACUGACGAGAAGAUGUCUGAUUGAUGAUCGAGAAAUGCCAGUGAAAGUGGAAGCUGCCAUUGCACUGCAAGUGUUGAUCAGCAAUCAAGAAAAAGCUAAAGAAUACAUCACUCCAUUUAUCAGACCUGUAAUGCAGGCUCUUCUUCAUAUUAUAAGAGAAACAGAAAAUGAUGAUCUUACAAAUGUAAUUCAGAAAAUGAUCUGCGAGUAUAGUGAAGAGGUUACUCCCAUUGCUGUAGAAAUGACACAGCAUCUGGCAAUGACAUUUAACCAAGUAAUUCAGACUGGGCCAGAUGAGGAAGGAAGUGAUGACAAAGCAGUCACUGCUAUGGGAAUUCUAAAUACAAUUGACACACUUCUGAGUGUGGUUGAAGAUCACAAAGAGAUAACCCAGCAGCUUGAGGGAAUCUGCUUACAAGUCAUUGGGACCGUUUUACAACAGCAUGUCUUAGAAUUCUAUGAAGAGAUCUUCUCUUUGGCACAUAGUCUGACAUGUCAACAAGUGUCUCCACAGAUGUGGCAGUUAUUGCCACUUGUAUUUGAGGUAUUUCAGCAAGAUGGCUUUGAUUACUUUACAGACAUGAUGCCUCUUCUGCAUAACUAUGUAACAGUUGAUACAGACACACUCCUGUCUGAUACCAAGUAUCUUGAAAUGAUAUACAGUAUGUGUAAAAAGGUUCUUACUGGAGUUGCAGGAGAAGAUGCAGAAUGUCAUGCAGCAAAAUUGUUAGAGGUCAUCAUUCUACAGUGCAAAGGGCGUGGCAUCGAUCAGUGUAUUCCAUUAUUCGUGGAAGCGGCUUUAGAGAGGCUGACGAGAGAGGUUAAGACAAGUGAACUUCGAACAAUGUGCCUGCAAGUUGCAAUUGCAGCAUUAUAUUAUAAUCCACACCUACUACUUAAUACAUUAGAAAAUCUUCGAUUCCCUAAUAACGUUGAACCUGUUACAAAUCAUUUUAUCACUCAAUGGCUUAAUGACGUAGACUGUUUCCUGGGGCUUCACGACAGGAAGAUGUGUGUUCUCGGCUUGUGUGCCCUUAUUGAUAUGGAACAAAUACCACAGGUUUUAAAUCAGGUUUCUGGACAGAUUUUGCCAGCAUUUAUCCUUUUAUUUAAUGGAUUAAAAAGAGCAUAUGCCUGCCAUGCAGAACAUGAGAAUGACAGUGAUGAUGAUGAUGAAGCUGAAGAUGAAGAUGAAACUGAGGAACUGGGGAGUGAUGAAGAUGAUAUUGAUGAAGAUGGGCAGGAAUAUUUGGAGAUUCUGGCUAAGCAAGCAGGUGAAGAUGGAGAUGAUGAAGAUUGGGAAGAAGAUGAUGCUGAGGAGACUGCUCUUGAAGGCUAUUCUACAAUCAUUGAUGAUGAAGAUAACCCUGUUGAUGAGUAUCAGAUUUUUAAAGCUAUAUUUCAAACUAUUCAAAAUCGUAAUCCUGUAUGGUAUCAGGCUUUGACUCAUGGUCUUAAUGAAGAACAAAGAAAACAGUUGCAGGAUAUAGCAACUCUUGCUGAUCAAAGAAGAGCAGCCCAUGAAUCUAAAAUGAUUGAGAAACAUGGAGGAUACAAAUUCAACGCUCCAGUUGUGCCAAGUUCUUUCAAUUUUGGAGGCCCGGCACCAGGGAUGAAUUGAGUUUCCACUUUCUUUCCUGCUGUGUGAGUGUAGUGAAGAGCUUGUGUUCCUCCUAGUAGUGGUUCCAGAACCGGUUCAUGUUAUCUACUAACUGAUCAAUAGAUGGACAGAAACCCCAGGAGGUGGGAGCUGAUCAUGUAACCUGGCACUGGACGAGAAACUAGAGGGAUCUGGGGAGGGGUUAACUUGGGGGGCUAUUUUCUUUAUUUUUUGAAGAAAGUAAGAUCCUGACUCUGAAGCUUCAAGAGACACUGUGGAAAUCUGAAACGAGGGGAUGUCAUGAAGGCAGCUUUUCUUUUUCUGAGGAAAAAAAUAGGCAUGGGCUACAGGACUAUUUAAAAUGUCUCAUUUACAGUAUAAAGUUCAAAGGUAGAUGUAAUUCUUACACCUUUAAGUAUUUGUCCAAUUUCUGUCUCUUCCUAACCAUUGGGUAUCCUUAUGUAAAUAAGAUAAGGUAAUCAGAUAGCCUUAUUCAGUCUUAUCAUUUUCAUUCAUCAGAUUGUUCCUAUGUAGAUUGGACAUUAUUGUAGCACUACAUAACUGAUUUUAAAAUCUGUAAAUGAAUUAGCACUUUCAUAUUGAAACAAGCCUGCUAGCCUAUGUAUAAAAGCAAAACUGUUUGCUGUUUAUAAAAAGGGAUAUAAUGGGGUGGGGGGCAAAGGGGUAAUUUCAGGUUAAUUAUUAAUUUAAAAAUGAACUAGCAAUUUUGUAUCUGGUGACUUUGUGGUGCACUCACCUCUGGUAGUGACUUGAAUUCGGUAUGUAAAAAGGGGUUAGUGAUGUUUCAUUGCUGCUAAAAAUGGCAACUCCCUCUGUGUCCUUUUUUGUUCCUUAAAGCUCUCAGUGUACAAGUGGACAUUUGGAUACAAGACCUUAUGUAACAAACAAAGGUGAUAUCUGAAGCAUGUAAAUUGGACAUAAAAUUCUACUCUUAAAGAGUUGAUCUAGAAUAUGGCUAAACAUCUAUAUAUGCAAUCUAUUAAAACAACUUAAUUCGGCAAUUAUGUCUUGAUCUGAUUGCAGUUUAUUCCUAAUUAUUCCCUAUUCCCAUUGACCUGUUUUUAUCCUGUAUCAGAAAGUACAAAAUGUACUUAAGAAAGACUAAUACUUUCCCAUUCCCCUUUCCUCAUCUCUUCUACCCGUCUUGAAAUGGUGUCUUUAUCCUAACUCUGUAGACUGAAGGCACAUGGUUCCCUCUAAAAACCACUAUUGAUACCACUGCAGAAUCAAGCCAGCAACAACAGGGUAGUGAGGUGGGCUUCUCCCCUCUCUUCCUAAAUGCAUGUUCAAAGAUAAGCCUUUAUUGAUCUUAAACAUCUGUCAGAUGAGUCAUACAUUGGAUUAUUUUUUAUAUACAUGUAUACACAAUAUUUCAAAUUGAAAGCAACAUCUCAGUGGAUUCAAAACUACUACAUACUGUUGUCUAAAACAAAAUUUAUAAACUGUACAAAUGAAAUGCACAUAUUGAUAUUUAAAAUGCAUAAUUAAGAAAACCCUUUGGUGUUGUGUUUUUCUUGUAUGCCAAUACUUAAGCCACUAAUGUUGGCACUGUUUGGUCUUCUAUUUUAACUCGGAAGGGGUGAAUGUAUUUCUUAAUUUAAUACUAAACUCUUGGCCAAAAGGAAAAGAUGUCUAAAUGUGUGGGUGCAAACUGAUAAUCAAGUGUGCUUCUAUUACCAUCUGAUAGUUGGGGCACCAAGUGUAUAUCCUAGGUUGCUUAAUGGAAUGUCACUAAUUUAUGAAAUCAAUAAAAUAAAAAUGGAGUAGUUAUAUAUCUGCAACAUUGUAUCUAGAGGGGAAAUACUGAAUAUUAUUAACAUCGUCUUCCUGUAUGGUUUUUUUUUUUUGUUUUUGUACCCUAGUAUCUACUUUACUUUUUAAAAUCUCAGACUUCACUGAUCUCUGAAUUGAUCCAGUUUUACAUUGUCACUGGAAAACCUAUCUAAUAAAGGUUUUGGUUAGUCCCAUA